AUGUCGGCCGUCCGUCGCGUCCUCGACGACCCCAACGUGCGCGAGAGGCUUGAGGUCUUCGCGGGGCUCGAGGACUUCUCGCGAAUCGAGAAAUCUACAAUCGAGCUCUGGCGUGCCGUCCUUAACCAUGUCAGUUUUAGACUGUUCCUGACGCCCACCUUCCUCUUUCAACCCCCCGACCCGGAGAACGCCAAAUUCCGCAAGACAAGGCCGCCCAUUUUCUGCGCCGUGAAAGGCGAUUGCGACGAUAUGCACAAUCAAACCACCAAUAUCACGGAUAUCGAGACGCGGGCCUUUCAGGAGGUUCCCGAAAGCAUCCAAGGUACCGACUUCACGGCGGUGUGGCUCCUGACCGUGUGCGGGCCUUACUUCCGGCUCUGGGCCUGCACCAACACGCUCGUCGAAGGAGAACCGAGCAAGAUCCUGAGCAUGCUGCCAGCCGAUCCAAUGGCCAAUCGCCCCGAGCUAUACCUGGAUCUGCGCCAGCACGCGUCGGCGCUGCAGAGCAUGGUCCGUAUGGCGCGUCCUCACGGCGAGACGACACUGGCGGUCGAGUACCUGCAACAAGCUAGGCGAGGGAGGGUGGGUGGCAUGUGGGUAGAACCCUUUGCGCUGGAGGUCAAGGUGACGGCCUUGAGCUUGGAAAUGGUGGAGUGCACCCUGAUGAAUCCAGUUCUCGCCUUGCUUGGAAGUAUCCGUGUGGAGAGGCGCUUCUGGCUGUACGCAUAUGUGGCGACGGACGGCGAUUCGUUUAUGGAAUGCUUUCAGUACCGCCCGCCGAAUACGGGCACGGCAGACUACUUCGCGGAGUCAAGAAGACUGUCAAGGCAAUUUACCUUUGGAGUACCACUUGACAAGUCUUACAACACGUGGAAACCGGGACUCUUUGAGAAUUCCAUUGCCCUUUUGCAAAACCAAGACUCGUUGAGAACUGCAUUGCAGUUUCUCAAAAUCAAGAUUUCUUUCCAAGGCGUCCUUGGUUUCCACGGCGGGAGCCCCACCCGUAGCUGGACCGCCCUGCAGCUUAGCCCAGCAUUUCCUGCUUUUUUUUGUGCCCCCAAAUCCGGCGCGCCGGGCGGCCGGCUUUUGUGCUCCCCCCGGGGUCCCACUUUAGGCGGUCGCCCGAUUAGGCAAGUCUGCUGGCACACACCUCGGAGGCCUGAGUCACACACCAUCUGA